AAUACAGGAAAAGAGAGUUCAGAGAGGAGAAGAAAAAUAAAAGAGGGAGAGACAUUGGCAGAACCAAAGGGGAAAUACUGAAAUAGUGCUUCAGAUAUGGAACCAAAGUUGAAAAAACUAGGCAGCUCUUUAGAGGUGCCUAAUGUGCAGGAAUUGGCUAAGGAGAAAUUGACCACUGUUCCAGCAAGAUACCUGCGUCCUAAUCAAGACCAUCUCAUUUCUUCCUCACCCGGAAAUCAAAUUCCGGUGAUUGAUAUGCAAAUCCUGACGGAGAAAGAUUCAGAGAUUGAAAAACUGCACACUGCAUGCCAAGAAUGGGGUUUCUUCCAGUUGAUCAACCAUGGAGUGAGCUCUUCAAAGGUGGAGAAAAUGAAGUCAGAACUUCAAGAAUUCUUCAAUCUCCCAAUAGAGGAAAAGAAGAAGUUUAGUCAAGAGGCAGGGGACGUACAGGGUUAUGGACAAGCCUUUGUUUUAUCAGAAGAGCAAAAGCUUGAUUGGGCAGAUAUGUUUUAUGUAAUAACCUCACCAAUCGAAUUGAGAAAACCCCACAUAAUUCCCAAGCUUCCUGCUAAAUUCAGGGAUUCCAUUGACGAGUAUACAGCAGAAUUGAGAAACCUUGCCAUGAAAAUCCUAAACUUAAUGGCCAAAGCUUUACACAUGAAAGCUGAGGAAAUGAAUAAGGUUUUUGAAGAAGGGAUGCAAGCAAUGAGGAUGAAUUAUUAUCCUCCCUGUCCCCAACCGGAGCUCGUAACCGGCCUCUGCCCACAUUCUGAUGCGAUUGCACUCACCAUCCUCCUCCAAGUCAAUGAAAUUGAAGGUCUCCAGAUUAAGAAAGAUGGAGCUUGGAUUCCUGUUGUACCACUGCCUAAUGCUUUUAUUAUCAACAUCGGCGAUAUCUUGGAGAUCGUAACUAACGGAAUUUACCAGAGCGUUGAGCAUCGAGCAACUGUCAACUCGAAGAAGGAAAGGCUCUCCGUUGCCACAUUUUUCUAUCCAAAUGUGGAUUGUGAUUUAAUUCCAGCACCAAGCCUUGUGACUCCAGAAACUCCAGCAAAAUUCAAAAGAAUCAGCUUAACUGAUUACGUGAAGGGAUUUAUAUCUCGUGAACUUGAUGGAAAAUCGUACCUUGACAUCAUGAGAAUUUAGGGUAUGGCAGCUGGGAUCUUUACCAAAAUUAAGUUGCUUUGAUUGAAUAAAUCUGUGUCAAACUAGUAAAAGAAUGGUCCCGGUCUUGUUACUCAAUCAAGGCCGUUUUAUAGAUUACUAGUCAAAGGUGAACGUGCAAUGUAAAAUACUUUAUAAGUGAUGUAGAAGUAAUAUUUUGUACCA